AUGGAGCAGCAGCAGCCGACUCCGCGGGCUCCGCAGCCACCUCCGCAGCCGCCUCCGCAGCCGCCACCUGCUCUCCCCCCACAGCUCUCUGCCGAGGAGUUAGAGUGUCUGAUCUGCAUGACGGCCUUCCCGGCGGCAGCAGCAGCAGCCGCCCCGUGGCGUGACUCGCUCGUGCACCGGCUGGCCUGUGGGCACGUGCACUGCGUGCACUGCAUCAGGCGCAACGGCGCGGUGGCGCUCCGCACGCUCCCGUUCCAGCCGGCGCGGUGCUGCGGCGAUGGCCCGGCGCUGGCGCCGCGGCUGCUGCAGCGGGCGGGGGCGUUCGCGACAGCCGCGCAGCUGGCCGACUACCGCGCGCGGCUGGCCGAGUUCGAGACGGACGACAAACUGUACUGCUGGGACGGGGCCAGGUGCGGCGCCUUCAUCCCGCCGGCGCUGCGCACGCCCACGUCGGCCCGCUGCCGCGCCUGCUACUCCAAGACGUGCGUGCGCUGUCGCAGCCGCUUUCACUUCGGCCCGUGCCCCGUCGGCCCCGGCCCGCACCUGCACCCGGCCCUCGACGCGCGGUUUAGGCGCCUGGCGCGGAACAUGGGCUGGAAGGAUUGUCCCCGCUGCCGCCGCGUCGUGGAAAAGACGCAGGGCUGCAAUAAUAUUGUAUGCAUCUGUGGCUCCAACUGGUGCUACAUGUGCGGCAAAGAGCGGAAACCGUACGAGGUGCACAAGGGGUGUGUGUUGUGGUGA